AUGGCUAGCGACGAGGGCAAUUGGGGUCCAGGCAUAAUUGGAUUGGCCGCGACAUGUGAAGGCUUGGUGCUCAUCUUUAUAUCCUUGCGUAUCUACACAAGAGUCUGGCUUGCGAAAGCGUUCUGGUGGGAUGACGCGACGAUGAUAUUCGCCGUGCUUGGCACAACAAUCGGAUGUUCCCUCUGCUUCGUUGAAGUCCACUAUGGUUUCGGAAAGCACUACCAAUAUCUUACCGACCGCGAGAAGCAUUUGUUCAGGAAAUAUACAUUUGGCGAAUGGAUUCAAACAUUUGCGACCCUCAUGUGGACCAAGAUCUCCAUCUGCCUCUUCCUCGUUCGAUUCACAAACAAUCAGAGACUGCGCACGGUCAUGUAUUGGACGGUUGGCUUCCUGCUCAUAUCCAAUACCGUCAUGACGGUCAUGUGGAUAAUGCAAUGCCAACCUGUCAACAAUGCUUGGGUUCUGGAUGGGAAGGGUACAUGCAUGAGCAAAUUUGAAAAAGAGGCAGUCAUCUUGACGCAGGCUAUAAUCUCCAUCGUCUCAGACUUCGUCUUCGCGGCCUUCCCCAUCUUCUAUUUCUGGCGGCUACAGGUCGAUUUGAAGACAAAGAUUGGUCUUUGGCUGCUCAUGUGUCUUGGUUUCAUCACCGGCGUAUGCUGCAUUGUGCGCACUGUCCUCAAUGGCCAGUCUCUGCCCGACGAUGAAACGUACGAUGGCAUUGUGAAUUGGACGUGGCGGUUGUUUGAGGUGCAGAUGGGCAUCAUUGCAGCAUGCAUCCCUACUCUGCGUCCGCUUUAUAGCUUGAUUUUCAAAAAGAUCCGAGGCGAGAAAGAUGUGUUUGCAAGCUCAAACGUGAAAAUGCUAGGAAACGAGAAAGAGCACUGGCUUGGGGAUGCAUCAAAUGGCCACGACAGUGAUGGACGUUCCCCUCCAUCAGCCUCAUCAUCUCAACAUCCUCCUCGCCAUCAAUCAGUGAAAGCAAUGAAGGCCCACCACGGUGAAGACAUGACUCAUGACCUUAUCAAUGACGGUAUCAUACAGAGUAAGGUACCAAAUGGGAAGGCAUCCGAGCACCGCAGCGCUUCAAAUGCUGGUCUAUUGGGAGACAUGGAUCGUUAUGGAAUCGGCGAAGGAACAGCGCGAUCAAAAUCGAAGGUUAGCCCCAAGCUUGGGGUCGCACCUGAAGAGAUACCGGAUUUGGAGCGGGGCGAUAGGACAUCUGAAGAACAGGCCGAGGCUGGACUUGAGGACGACAUGGGGAAAUAUGGCAUAGCGGAAUGA